CAUCAGCGAAUGUGUCGCAGCAAGAAUUGCAGCAGCAGUCUUCAGCUGAAUCAGCGUCUGGUGUUUUCAGCAGUGCCAUCAUGGCGACUGCAGAGUCAGGUGAUCUGCCCCCCCUGAAGCGCAGACACAGCAAUGAGUGGCAGCCACCUCACAUGUCUGAGCUGAGGGUUGUUCUGUUGGGUAACAGCUGGUCUCAGAGGGUCUCUGUGGGGAACUUCAUACUGGGAGAACCAGCAUUUAACCCUGAUGGAGAACCAAACUGCUGUUGGAGAGUCAGGGGACAAUUAAGGGGGGAAAAGAUAGUCGUCGUCAACACUCCAGAUCUGCUGCAUCCCAACAUCUCUGAAAACACACUCACAGAACAUGUAGACACCUGUGUGAGAUACUCUGAUCCUGGACCUCAUGUGUUCCUGCUGGUUCUGCAGCCUGAAGACUUCACUGAGGAACAAAAAGUGAAGCUCUGCAGAGUCCUUGAAAGGUUCAGUGAUUGGUCAUUUGAUCAUUCCCUGGUACUGAUGUCAGCACCCACAAAGGAUUCGGGGUCACAGAGAAAAUACAAGGAACAUCCUCCAUUAAAAGACAUGAUCAGAAAAUGCAGGUACAGAUACCUGAAGCAGAAGAACCUCGAACGUUCAAAGCUGUUAACACGUUUGGGUCAAACUGCAAAAGAGAACAAAGGAGAGCAUGUGAGCUGUGAUGUGUUUGAGGACGCAGUAGCUGCUUUACCAGCUGGUCAUCGAGGUCCAAAACAAGAAACACAGACUCCUAUCACAGAUGCUGUUAAAGCUGCUGGGCUGCACGUGAGUCAAAGAAUCCGUCCUCUACCCCAAGACAGAAACCCUGUGACUCACACACCUGGAUACAGGAUUGUGCUGCUGGGAAAAAGUGAGGACAAACAGACAAAACUCAGUAACUUGAUCAUCGGGGACCAAAGAUUUCAUUACCAAAGACUCCACUUUACCAAACAAAGGGUAGUCAACUGUGGAGAGUGGAGAGGAAAACCUGUAACAGUAGUGAAAACUCCAAACAUGUUCAGUCUGUCUGAGGAGGCCGUGAAACGAGAGGUGAAGAGCUGUGAGACUCUUUGUCCUCCUGGACCAAAUGUCCUGCUGCUGUUAGUGAAACCUUUUGAGUUCACUGAAGAGGACAGAGAAACACUGAAGGUCAUCCUGAGUCUGUUUGGUCGAGAUGCUUUGAAUCACUCGAUGGUCGUCAUGACACAUGAUGGGAGUGAAAUGAGUGUCACCGUUAAUGAACUCCUUAAAGACUGUGGAGGACGACACUACAGCAUGUCUGAAAACAACCACACAUCACUGAUGGAGAGGAUUGAAGAAACAGCAAAUAAAAACAUCACACCAGCUUUAAACCUGGUUCUGUGUGGGAGGACAGGAGCAGGGAAGACUUCAGCAGCCAAGGCCAUUUUAGGUCAGACAGAGCUUCAUCCAGAGAGUGUUAAACAUCAGGGAGAGGUGUGUGGACGUCCAGUGUCCCUGGUGGAGCUGCCUGCCUUGUAUGGAAAACCUCAGGAGGCAGUGAUGGAGGAAUCAUUCAGGUGUGUGUCCCUCUGUGAUCCUGAGGGCGUCCACGCCUUCAUCCUGGUCCUACCUGUGGGUCCCCUCACCGUUGAAGACAAGGGAGAGUUAAAGACCAUCCAGGACACAUUCAGCUCUCGAGUCAAUGACUUCACCUUGAUUCUGUUCACUGUGGAGUCAGAUCCUACAGCUCCUGAUGUUGUUAACUUUCUAAAGAAAAGCAGAGACAUCCAGGAGCUCUGUGAGAGCUGUGGAGGAAGAUACGUUGUUCUUAAUGUCAGGGACCAGCAGCAGAUCCCAGAGCUGCUGGAUGCUGUGGAAAAGAUGAAAUUCGGUGGAUCGGGAUUCUUCACGAUGAAGAUGUUUACCAGUGCUCAGGUGGAGAAGAUUGUAGAGUGGAAAAAUACUACUGCAAGACUCAAAGCUGAACUGGAGGAUCUAAAGCAUAAAAGUGAAAUAGGAAUCGAUGACAACAUUCAGAGCAGAGAGUGUCUCAGGAUGGUGUUGAUUGGGAAGACUGGCAAUGGGAAAAGUGCAACUGGAAACACCAUUUUGGGCAAAGAACAUUUUAAAUCUAAAGGCUCGUCAAAGUCGGUCACUAAGUUUUGUGAGAAAGCAACAGGACAGUUUGAUGGACAGUCUGUUGUUGUGGUCGACACUCCCGGCUUGUUCGACACAACUCUGUCCAAUGAUGAAGUUCAACAGGAACUUCUAAAAUGCAUCAGCAUGUUGUCUCCUGGACCUCAUGUGAUCUUACUGGUGCUGCAGAUCGGUCGCUUUACACAAGAGGAAAAAGACUCCGUGGAGCUGAUCAAGAAAUGUUUUGGAAAGAGGUCUGAAGAUUAUAUCAUUAUCAUCUUCACCAGAGGAGACGAUCUCAAUCAGUCAAUUGAGAGUUACAUAGAGGACUGUGAUGACAUUUUGAAGAAACUGAUUAAUGACUGUGGAGGAAGAUACCGGGUCUUCAAUAAUAAAAAUCAGACAGAUCGCACACAAGUCAGAGAGUUGAUGAUGAGGUCCAACAAAAUGAUGAAGGAAAAUGACGGCAGCUGCUACACCUCAGAGAUGUUCCAAGAGGCCGAGGAAGCCAUUCAGAGGGAGGUGGAGAGGAUCCUGAAGGAGAAAGAAGAAGAGAUGCAGAGACAGAAAGAGGAACUUCAGAGAAAACACGAGGAGGAAAUGGAAGCAGUGAAGCAACGAAUGGAACAACAGAAAGCAGAAAUUGAACAGGAGAGAAAACUAAGAACAAAACAACUUACAGAAAUGGAGGAAAACAUAAAAAAGGAGCGUGAACAGAGGGAGAGAGAAAAGGAAAUUAGAGAAAAAGAGGAAAGGAGGAGAGAAGGGCAGGAAGAAGCUAAAAAACAAGAAUGGAAAGAUAAACUUGCAGCUCUGGAGAAAAAAAUUAAGUCAGAAUCAGAAGAAAAGCAAACCAUUGACAGGGAGUUGGAGCAAAGCAGAGAAGAGAUGAAGAAGAAACAAGAGGACUGGGAGAGGGAAAGAAAACAAUGGUGGGACAAACGAAAUCAAGAAAAUGAACAGAAACGUCAGGAUGAGCACACAAAACUCACAAAGCUCCAACAAGAGUAUGAGCAGGAGAGAGAAAAACAUGAAAAUAAAAGAAAGGAAGAAGAUCGAAACAGACGAGAACAAGAGGAGAAGGAGAGAAAAGAAUUAGAGGAAAAUUAUAAGAAACAAAUGAAGGAAAUGAAGAAGAAAUAUGAAGAGGAGGCCAGAAAACAAGCUGAAGAAUUCAAUGAGUUUAGACAGAAAUACACCAAGGACUUUACAGCGCUGGUAGAGAAGCACAUGGAGGAAAUACAGGAAUUACAGAAAAAGCAUCAGAGACAAAUGCAGGAGACAGAGGAGAGCCACAGCAAAGAGUACGAUCUGUUACAAAACCUCUCAAGUCACAAAGAAAAAACACUAAAAGAAGAAACAGAGAACCUGAAGAAAAAGCACGAAGAAGAAAUAAAUGAACUAAAACAGAAAUACAAUGACAAAUGUAUCAUCCUCUGAUCCUCCAGCUGACUCUUGAUCAUUAUGACGUUAACAUCACAGGACAUCAUUUGAACAUCUUUUAACAGCAGGUUUCUGGACUGUUAAUGCUCAAAGUGCCCAGUUGGGUCACUGAAGUCCAGUUCAGACAAAAGACUCAUUACAAGGUAAAACUGUUUUAGAGUUGCAGAAUAAGUUGCAGAGGUGUCAACUAGCUGGUCUGAGCUCGAUUCAAGCCGGCACCUGCGUCUUAGUUUGUCAUGUCAUCAGUCACCUGUCUCAAUAGCCAAUCAGCUUGUUGGCAAGUCAACUGGCCAAGUCAAUAACAAACUUUCAACAGACGAAGAGUUGGCCUACUGUUGCAUUCUCCGACAGCAGCCCUUCAUCCUCACCGAGCCCGUCUCAUUUACAUCCCUGCAGCUGUUAACACGUGUUGGUCUCUGUCCUCACGGUGUGACGGUGUCAGACGGUGAAUCUCUGCUGAUGCUCUUGUCAAACACACUCAAUGAUUUGUUAAUCUGCACUGAUUAUUUAAAUUAUUGUGGCGUUUCAUUAUGAAUAAGGUCCAUAUGAAGCUCUGUUUUUUUAUUAUGUGUUUUCUGUUUCAACCCUGCUAGAAAUGCAAUUGCAGCAAGUGCUUCAGUAUCAUCAAUAUCAAUUUUAAUUCCAUAUUUUAAGAAGCCACAAAAUAUAUUCAGCUUCAAAAUAAGAAACAGAAGAGGCAGACUCCAUAGAGUUGUUGUGACAAGGACGGCAACGCACUGGCUCAUUGAAUUGAUGCAAAGGUUUUCACAACAUUGCAGACCAGCGCAUUGCAAACAGUUGCAAGUUUCAGUUUGUCUUGUCCUUAAUCUUUAGUCAAAAAUGGGCUUAAGGAAAAAUACCACCAUUUCUAAUAUUUUGAUUUUAACCAUUUUUAAAAUUUAUUUAUUUAUUUUUUUUAACAAGUAAUCAAUUAGUUCAUGGUCUCUGGAAGCCCACAAAGUGCUUCUUGUUCUUAUUGUUUGCAAACGGCUGCAAAAUGUGACAGCAAGCAGGUGUACCUUAAGUUUUACUUGUUGUAUCAGUUUUAACAGCAUUUAACCAGUUUCCGCCUGUAGCAAAAUAGCAUGUAUCAUCUUUUGUAUAUUUUAAAUGUAUAUUUUAAAAUAUUUAGAGAGUGCAGUCAGCCUUUUAUCAGCCCACAAGCCCACACACACACACAAAAACACACAAAUUUAGAUCGAAAAAAUAUGUUCUUGUACCAUAAAGCUACAGCACUGUGUCUCUCCUUCAACCUGUCUGAAUAAAUAUUUUGAAAGCAA